AUGGAAACUUUUAAUAGUUUCGGGAACAACGAAGGUCAAAGGUUUUUACCUUUGAUUCAAAAUUCGAAUAGGGAGAGGUUGGGUUCAGCAUCAACGUAUUCGAGAAAUUCUGAUAGCUGGGAAUUAUCAUUGAGAGAUGAUAGAACAUUUGUGACUAUAGAUAUUGACGAAGAAAGUAGCGUUAAUUCCAGUUUUUUGACGUCUGGUAUUAAGGACAAUAGUAAUAUUCAAACUAAUGCCAGUUCUGAUAGUCCAUCGAAGCAUCAAGGGAUUAUUGCACAAGCUUUAGGGUUAUCAUUGACUGAGAGAAUACUUCAAUUUGGAUUUAAAACAAAAAGUAAAGAUACUUUGAAGAAACACGGCAAGAAACUAGCCAAGUCCUUAAUCAAUGAGAAUGAGUUCAUACACAUGAAGAACAAAAAGGCGAAAAACAAAGUAGUAGCAGAAAUCAUACCUGCCUUGAGUUAUGUAGGUGCUCCUGGGCUUAGAAAUGAUUUUUAUUCAGACUUGGUCAGUUGGUCAACAAUCAACAAUCAAAUAAUUGUGGCUUUGGAUAUCUAUGUGUAUGCAUGGAGUUUACUUGAUUAUAAUGUUGAUCCAAUUCUAAUCACGGAGAAUGACCCCAUAUAUUGUGUUUCAUGUGCUGCAAACGAUUAUGUAGUUGUAGGUUCCCUGCAGGGAAAAAUACACUUGAUAUCACAACGGCAGAAUAAUGAGGUCAAGGCAGUUUUCGAAAUAGGGAAAUCGGUUCAUUCAAUCAAAUGGUUUGCCGAUAAUUUAAAAUUCUUAGUUAGUGAUAUUUCAGGAGACGUUCUGUUGUUUCAAAUAUUGACUGUUGAUAAAGGUGUUGAAUUGAAACUCACCAAAACCCUUAGUAGUCAUAGGCAACUUAUUUGUGGUAAUUAA